UAGAAGCUGACAGCGACCAGUAGGAGCACCUCAUCUUUACCCUCCCUUGUGACUCUGUCACUGCUGUUCAUUUUCACCAAACACAUUCAUCAACUGCAAACGAGCCGUUCUUUUUAUCCUUUUAAAGCUAUAAUAAGAUAAAUACCCAGCUUCACAAUGUCUGGUUCCGGUUACGACGCCGUCGUCGAUGUUGAUGACGAGGGCGACCUCGGACAUACCGAUCUUCAAGAAGACCUCGAGUUCCAUACGUCCAACUUCAACGAUACAAACCCUAACACCCGCAAACCUCCCUCCAGCGGUAGCGGUCUUCCUCCACCAGCCACGGCCUCGACCGGCUCCGGCUCAUCCAAGCGCUUCCUCUGGAGCAUGAACUUUUAUGCGCAAUUCUUCGAUGUCGACACUUCAGCCGUUCUGUCCCGUUGCUGGGCUGCUCUGUUUCCCAGGGCCAACUUCCUCGACGUUCUAGAGGGCAACCCUGAUCUUUAUGGACCGUUCUGGAUCGCCACGACGGUCAUUUUGAUCCUUUUCCUCGGCGGCACUAUCAGCCAGUACAUGUCGGAUACGGGCAAGGGGCCAUUCCUCUAUGAUUUCAAGCUGCUAAGCGGCGCUGCUGGCCUUAUCUAUGGCUACACUCUCUUCAUUCCCAUGGCUCUCUUCCUCGCCCUCCGUUACUUCGGCAGCGAAUCUGCCAAUCUCCUCGAGUGCUGGGCUCUGUACGGCUACUCCAACCUGAUCUGGGUCCCCGUUGCCCUCAUCAGCUCGUCGCCUAUCUCCAUCCUUAACUGGGUCUUUGUCGGUAUUGGUUUCGGAAUCUCGGUUGCAUUCUUGUUGCGAAACCUUUACCCCGUGCUCAGCGCCACAGAUCGCCAGGUCAGCAAGGUCCUGCUGGUCGUUGUGGUGGUAUUACACGCUGGUCUGGCGCUCGCGAUCAAGAUCCUCUUCUUUGCUCACGGUAGCCCCGUGGCGAGCAAACCGGACGAGGGUAAGGGUAGCCGUAUGUUUUAAGAAGUGGUAGCAAAUCGAUUAGAACCAUGAGAUGGGAUGUAAGGAAUUGAAUGACACGUGUAAGAGAAUGUGUAUUCCUAGGCCUCAAUUGCAGUUAA